AUGACUCUUUGCUUAUAGGAUACUGCUCUACAAAAACCAAGAGAAGUUUUCAGGCUUCCUACAGACUUGACAGCGUAUGACAAUCGCCUGUGUGCCUCGAUGCACUUCUCGUCUGCCACGUGGGUCACGCUCUCUGAUGGCACAGGAAGGCUCUAUUUCAUUAAAUCAGGCAAGCGUGGAAACACUGCGUCUGAAAAGUGGGAGAUCAUGUUUAAUGAAGAACUAGGAAAUCCAUUUAUUAUAGCCCACAGUGUUUCAUUUGUAAAAUCUGGUGUGCAUUCAGUAGCUGUGCUGCUGCUUAGGGUAGAAAAAGAUGAACUGGACACAAAAGGAAGUGGAUUUCAUGUUACCUUGGAAUGGCUUACAGUUGCAGAGAUAAGCAAAGAGGGUAAGUGACAUGAAAUCUUUAAAAGGAGAGUUUUACAAGGAAAAUCAGUCCCUCAUUAUGCAGCAAUAGAGCCGAGUGGGGAUGGGCUAAUGAUCGUUUCCUACAAACCGUUCAAAUUUGUGCAAGAUGAAGAUGACAAAUUAGAAGAAAAUGAUGAUGCAGAAACAACAAAUGAAAAGAGAGACCCUCUGUAUUACUGGCAGCAGACUGAAGAUGAUGUGACCAUAGCAGUUCAUAUUCCUCAAGAUAUCACUAAGGAUGACAUAAAAGUACACUUUUCCCCUGAUAACAUAUGUGUUAGGCUGAAAGACCAGCCGCCUUUGAUGGAAGGAACACUCUAUUCAUCUGUGGACCAUGAAAGCUGCACAUGGAUAAUUAGAGAUAACAAAAGUUUGGAGAUUUCUCUAAUUAAGAAAAACGAGGGAUCCCAGUGGCCAGAGCUAAUACUUGGUGACACAAGAGGGGAAUUCAUUAUGGACUCUUCCCAGCGCUCUGAAAUAUCUGACAGCCUAAUGCAUCUUACCUCUGAAGUAAUGAAUCCAAACCCUGAAAAGGAAAAACCACCUUGUAAUGCUCAAGAAUUAGAAGAAUGUGAUGCUUUUCUUGAAGAUAGUGCAAGCUUGUGCAGAUUUGAUGGUGACACCUUGAAAGUCACUCAUAUAAUUCAUCUUGGAAGCAACCAGUAUCUCUUCUCAGUUGUUGGGGAUCCCAAAGAAAUGCCAUGCUUUUGCCUGAGGCACGAUGUUGAUGCUCUUCUCUGGCAGCCUCACCCUGACCAACCAGAGAACAUGUGGGAACACAUUGCAACUUUUAAUGCUUUAGGCUACGUCCAAGCAUCAAAGCAAGACAAGAAGUUCAUGGCUUGUGCUCCAGAUUACUCCUUUGCUGCUCUCUGUGAGUGCUUGCGACGAGUUUUCAUCUAUCGCCAGCCGGCCCCUCUGUCCACAGUUCUCUACAACAGGAAGGAAGGAAGACAAGUAGGACAGGUUGCUAAGCAGCUAGUGGCAACCCUGGAAGCCAAUGAUCCCAUCUUAGGCUUUCAAGCUACGACUGAGAGAUUAUUUGUUCUCACAACAAAAACCUUGUUUUUAAUAAAGGUGAACUCUGGAAAUUAACUAUUCAACAUAUUCUGUAGUUUGUGUUAACAAUUUGUUUAAGUACUGGGUAGAUAAGUGAUCUGAGAAGUUCAGUACAAUUUUCUGAAGCUUAAAAAGCAGAUAUUUUACAGGGGAAUC